AUGGGGAGACACUGGCAGCUGCUGGGCGAAGUCCCAGAUUCCGACGAUGAAGAGCUCGGCAGCCAGGAGCCGCUGCAGGACGACCAUGUCGAGGGCGAUACUGCUGUAAAGACUCAAGAGAGCAGCAGGGACGCAAAAGAACCAGGGGAACCAUUUUUGAAGAUCGUACUUUCUCCUCAUCGACAUAACCACUUCACGGGAGUUUCAUCUUCGUCAUCGAGACAUGCAGCACAAAGCCCUAGAACACCUUCCCCAACACGGAUCUCGACACCUCGGAGAGUCUCCCCUCUACCCGAAGACUCAGCUGAUGAGAUCGAUCUCGUCUAUGACGGCGUCCAGGACAACGAGCUGGAUGAAGAGCCGCGCUGUGACCUACGCUCUUGCCCGCCACAACUCAGCAUUCCCGAGGCACUGGCCAACAAUAUAGUACAUGCCCAGACGACGAACGACGACAACGUUUCGUACGAUCUCUUCGACCUCGAAAGCCGAUUCAACAACAUCCAUAUCUGCUCGAAGGUGCGCAGUAUGCACGUGCCAUGA